CGAUUCAUUCACAGAAUUGACUCACAGCCUUACUGCUGUCUGACCCAACCUAUCCCGAGGCUGUGGCGUUUAAGCUUAAAGCUAAUGACUGUCUGUUUAUACAUCGGAUUCGUGUCAGUUCGGAUAAAAACUCGGCAUUGAUAAGAAGGUUGUUCAUCAGUUUGGAUCCAGGAUGUUGGGACAGUGAGUGUAUGUGGGUGUAGAAACAGCAGGGACAGGAAAAGCUUCUCCUACACAUAUUGUCUGCUAAUUUCUCUCUUUGUUAACCAGCACAUAAGAAGCAAAGGUACACAUCUUGGCCCCUGCACAUUAUCUCCACACUUAUCUUCAUCACAUCUGUGACUUGUACCAUUUCCUUCUUCCUGAUCUCUCCUCACAGCUGCUUAGCACUCUCCUGUACCUCACUUAUUCCUCCUCUCUAACCCUGCCCUCCUGAGUUGCCAUGGCAGCCGCCAAGCCAAAAGGGCAGAACUCUCUGGCCCUGCAUAAAGUGAUUAUGGUCGGAAGUGGAGGUGUGGGCAAGUCAGCACUCACCUUACAAUUCAUGUACGAUGAGUUUGUGGAGGACUAUGAGCCUACAAAAGCUGACAGCUACAGGAAGAAGGUCGUCCUGGAUGGAGAGGAAGUUCAGAUUGACAUUCUGGACACAGCAGGUCAAGAAGACUACGCAGCCAUUAGGGACAACUACUUCCGUAGCGGAGAGGGCUUCCUCUGUGUCUUCUCAAUCACCGAGCUGGAAUCUUUUGCUGCGACUGCCGAUUUCAGAGAGCAGAUCCUGCGUGUGAAGGAAGAUGAGAACGUACCCUUCCUUUUGGUUGGGAAUAAAUCGGACCUGGAGGACAGGAGACAGGUGAGCACAGACGAGGCCAAGAGUCGAGCUGAGCAGUGGGGUGUGUGCUAUGUGGAAACCUCCGCCAAAACUCGUGCCAACGUGGACAAGGUGUUCUUCGACUUGAUGAGAGAAAUCCGUGCCAGGAAGAUGGAGGACAGCAAGGAGAAAAAUGGGAAGAAGAAGAGGAAAAGUCUGGCUAAGAGAAUCCGAGAGAGAUGUUGCAUUUUAUAGUAAAAAAAAAAGAAAAGUGCUCAAACAAUCAUUCCCAUGCUCUUCCCUUAUGUUUUAAGUAUGUAAAUAUGUCUGUUCCAUAUCUCACCACAGCCAACUAAUCCAGGCGUGUGUAUAUGUGAAGAGUUUGCAGCUUUGUGGUCACAGUGAACGUGCGUCAGAACCAGAGUUGGUUUUAUUAUAGCGCUUUAGAGUUUCCCCUCAGAUGAAGCUACUAGGAGUGCUUUUUUCACUUUUCGUCAAGUUAUCUGUUACACUAUAUACCGGAAAUCCACAAUAUCUUGUGGAAUGUUCUUCGCCACAUGUUGGCACCAGUCACUUUUCAAAUCGCUCUUAAUCCAUCCAGUGAUUUGAACAGGUUCAGCACAAACCCUGGAAUCCUGCUGCUUGAUAAAAUCCUAAACCGGAACCAGUGGGUCAAAAAAAAAAAAAAAAAAAAAAAGCAUACCAGUCAAUGGGUUAAGAUCUGUUAUGUCUGGGUUAUUUGCUCACUAUUGUUUGUGAACAAUUUAAGUAUAUUGUUGUUACAGGCAAACAUGAUUGGCUGUCAGUUAUGCUUAAUGGUUGCUGUUUGAAAUAAAAGCACAGUAACAUAUUUGACAUUGGGUUAAUAGCUAGUAAACACUGACACUUAGAAAGUAUGAGCCACUAGCUGAUUUAUUUACUGUGAUGCUUUUUGCUAAGCUUAGGAGAAAUGUGAAUUGGAAAAGGGAAGUUCCUGAUGCCUUGAUAUCAAAUGUGAAUGUGAAGCUCUAUAUUUAACCAUUUUUUAAAUCAAGGAAUUGAAAGAUAUCGGAGCAGUAGUUUACAGGGAAGGCCACUUGCCCUGUAUAACGUUCUUUUACACUGUUAACACUAUACAUAGCUUUAUUGUAGUUUCUAAAUGUAGUGUUUUGUAAGGUGUUUUCUCUGUCAUAAUAUCAGAGAUACAAUUUACAAAAAAAGCUAACGCCCUAUGAAAUACCAUUACAGAUCUGUGCGGUAAGUGAAGUGGCAGUUGUGUGCUUUUACUUUUCUUUUUUCUUUUUUUUUCCAAGACAAAUACACGUCAAUACACACAUCCUUGGAAUUAGUUUUAUUGGUCAUUAUUAUGUUUAGUUUUUGUUUAUUAUUUUUAAUGAACGGUUUUAUUACAGACAUUUCUUUUUUGUAGAAUAUUAGUUUCACUGUACACUUUGGUUCAAAGUAUAUCUUAUUUGUGUAUUUUAUUUAAUAUGCCUAUUUUAUAUUGCUUCUUAACAAAAUGCUCUAACAUGCCAGUUGUUUACAUUAACAAAACUGCCAGAAUAAAUUAUAGUGGAGGUAAAGGCUUGAUGUGUUAGCUCUCACAUAUAAAACACUAACAAUAUCCAGGCAUAUGUUCGGCAAACGUUGUUUAGUUGUUUUUUUUAAUGGACAAGUGACCCUAAAGGUUUUAGAUAACUUGACACUGUCACUGUCGGGUUUGUGAGUUUUCAGAAACCUGGGACACUUAAAAAAAAUGUUUUAGAUUUGAUUUGUUUAAAAAAAAAAAUUCUGUUGGAAAUCAUGUGAGAUCUUUACACCUGUAACCACCACAAUGCAAUUUAUUGUGACUCACAGUUAACGGUUAAUAUAUCAAAUGAACUGUAACUCUGCUGAAGCUUGAUAAGUAUGAAAUACUGUAUGUUGGAACAGUAGUGUGAGAUAACCAUGGUGGGCUUUUGUAGCAGAAUUACUAAGCUGUGCUUUGCCUAAUUAUUUACUAAUCCUGUCAUGGUGCUAAUUUUUGGCUUAUUUGCAAUGGCUCAAACGUAUGAAUGGUGUUCGUGUCCAUAAAAAUUAUUGAAUUAAUGUAGAGACUCGUUAGAAUGUUUUUCUUUGUGACAUGCACUAAUCUGCCCUCUAUUUGGCAGAAACCAUAAUUUCACUCUUCACUUUGUAGCAGUAGUGAAAAUAAGCUUUUUUAUUGCAAUUUAAAAAAAAAAAAAAUCUAAUUUUUUUGUUGUUUGUUUCUUUCUAAUCCUAUCUGUGUGCAGUUCUGUUCUUCCAGAAAUCAUUUCUGUCAAGUUAUUGUAACAGAUUGCACAGGGGGAAAAAACUUUAUUUUAUCAAUUGCAGUUCAGUUUGUAAUUUAUGUAACUUCUUUUGUUAUUUAUUUUUUUUGACAGAAUAUAGGCUUUUAAAGUGACACUUCCAAAUGAUUUACACUUGCUGACAGUGCCCUCUUGUUAACUUCUUUUUCUGUUGAAUUUUCUCUCUACUUGUCUGUUUUACUUGUGUACUGUGAGACAUUGGAAAGAAAAAACUAAAUUGAAGGUUAUGACUUUUUUUUUUUUAGAAAUAAAAUCGUUAUUCAGA